AAUGGAUUCCAGAUGUAACUUGUAAAACUGCAUAGAUAUUAGAUCAUCUGGAAUAAAGUUAGGAAGGAAAAAUGGCCGACAGUCGUGUGUUCCCGGGAACAUCUGACAUGGAUGUUGGAUAUUCCACGGCAGAUUAUAGGGGGGCAGCUAUCUCAUCAGUGUCGAAUGUUGAGAUGGAGUCUCAACGCAACCGGAUGACUUUGGAAGAGGCUCGAUGGAUUGGAGUACGCAAGAAGGUUCCUGGUAUGUCAGGGAUUCCUAAGAAAGCAAAGAGUGUUGGUCGUAGUCAGAGUGGAUCAGUGUUUUAUGUUGAAGAGGAAGACCCUUAUCAACAGAAAAUCAAAGAGAUUCGGGUGUUUGUUCGCAACCAUUUUCGUCAGAAGGAAUGUGCAUCUUUUGUGCCAAAGCCUGGGCAAACCACAGGACCUAAAGCUAAAAAGAAAAUCAGAGAUCUCCAAUGUCAUUGUGGAGAGGUAUUGAUGGAGCAUGCAGGCAUGCAAGGACCAUUUCCCCAUUUCUCAUCAGCUGAUAUGAUGCUGGAAUAUCUUGUACCUAAAGAGCUACAAAAGUUAAUGUCGAGAGAACGACGUCAGGACCCACCUCCUGAGAAACUCCCGGCAGUCACCUGGAAGAAAGAUAUUAGAACAACAGCUUCAUGUGCAUUUGGUAAAAUAAAUUUUGAGAAUGUGGAACAUUCAGGCGGCAAAAAACCAGCAAAGUAUAUUCGAAUGACAGAUGAAGAUUCUGUUGAUAAUUUGAUUGAACUGAUGAAGGAACACUGGAAAAUUAUGGAACCUGAACGGCCAAAUUUGGUCAUCUCUGUUGUGGGCGGAGCCAAAAACUUUAAAUUAGAUGGAAGAAUGAGGGAUACAUUCUCCACUGGUUUGAUAAAGGCAGCAAAGACAACGUCAGCAUGGCUUAUAUCAUCAGGGUUCAAUAUGGGUGUGAUGAAAGCUGUGGGUCAAGCUGUAAGACAGGGUCAGUCAUUUUGCUGGGACAAUGACCGCAUGGUUCAUGUACUACGCUGUAUAGGUAUUGCACCAUGGGGUUACGUGAAAAAUAGACGCGUUCUGGAGAGUGUUGAUGGACAGGGAAAGUUUAAUGCAGAUUUCAGAACCAGUAACGUUAUUCUCCAUGACUCGGCUGUGCCAUUAAAUCCUGACCACACCCACUUUAUAUUUGUGGAUGAUGGCUAUAGGAUAAGAUAUGGAGGUGUGGCAGGUAUCAGAGCCAAACUUGAGCAGAAAAUAUCACAGCCUCAAGCAGAGGGAGGUUUAGGUAUACCGGUUGUACUUGUCGUAGUUGAGGGUGGUACUGAUUGUAUCAAUGAUGCCAGGACGUCAAUCGAGCACAAGAUUCCCGUCGUCGUUUGUGCGGGUACUGGUAGAGCUGCUGAUAUCAUUGCAUACGCUUACACUCAUACAAAAACAAGUUCCGGUGGAAUCCGAAGUAUGAAAGAGAAACAUGAGCUUAAACUCAUGGACAAAAUCUUUGAUGCUUAUGGUAAGAAUUGGAAAGACGAGGAAAUACAGAAAAAGACGAUAGACAUCAAAGAGUCCGUACAGAUCUGCUGUCAAAAUUCUGACCUGUUGACUGUGUUUCAUAUGAACAAACAUGAAGAUUUAGACUUGUCCAUUCUCUCAGUCUUGUUGAAAGCUAAGAAAGGAGCAGAUGAAGAGCAGAGAUUGAGUCAAUUAAAGCUAGCACUGACCUGGGAUAGGGUUGAUAUAGCACAAGAAGAAAUCUUCAGGGAGGAUGUACUGUGGAGCACAGGAAGUUUGGAUGACAUUUUAACAGAAGCUCUGCUGACGAACAAGGUUAAGUUUGUACUGCUGAUAUUACAACAGGGUGUAGUAAUGAAGGAAUAUCUUACUGUACAAGUACUAGAGAGAUUAUAUAAAGAUGUGCCAAAACAUAACUUUUUAUAUAAGCUACUACAUAGACUGACUGGGAAGGAAGAUUUGAGUUUAGAGAAUGUAUGUAUCUUGUUGAAACGAUUACUGGAUAGAUAUGAUACAUUUGAUGAAACACUUGAGGACGUUGAUGCAGAAAAAGAUAUAGUUAAAGACAGAAAGUUAAGACGAUUCAAGAGACCCUACAAAAUGUUGCUGGUGUGGGCAUUAUUGAUGAAACGACAAACACUUGCGAAGCUUUUUUGGGAGCUAGGAGAAGAACCAGUCACUAGUGCUCUAGCUGCCACCAGGAUUUAUCAUGCCAUGGCCAAAAACUUACCCAGACACGAAUCCCACCUGAAAGAAAGUUUCUAUGAAUGUGAAAAUGAGUUUGAGAAACUGGCAACUGAGGUACUAAAUGAAUGCCACCACAAGGACCCAGACAAGGCCAUGAUGAUUGCCGAGCGCAAAUCUCCGUGCUGGAACGAGAUGACCUCAUUUCAGAUUGCAGCAGCAGCAACAGAUCAGGUGUUCCUGUCAUCAGUCACGUGUUUUUCUUCGUUAAACGUUAUCUGGAAACACGGAAUUCUCUUUUCCUGGUUAAAGAUGAUAUUUGCUAUGUUUUUCCCACCAUACAUUGCAUUUGGUUUAGAGAUUUUGAGUUUGGGAGAGAAUAAGUUGACAUGGAUACAGAAGAUGGGCAUUUUCUAUUCUUCACCAAUGGCAAAGUUUGCCUAUGGAAUGGUGAUGUACAUUGUGUUUCUAGUACUACAUUCGUACAUGGUACUGGUGGAUUUUAAACCUGAUCAUGUGACACCAUUGGAGAUCAUCAUGAUCAUCUGGGUGUUUUCUUUCUUCAUAGAUGAUGUACACACUUUUAUAGCAUUCCCGUCACCUACAACAAAAUCAAAGAUUAGAGACUGGUAUGGGUUUUUAAAAUGGCUGGACCUCGCUAACUUUAUUUUGGCAUUUACUGCUUUUAUUGUACACCAUUUUAAGGACCACUAUCAAGUUACGAAGGUGUUUUACUGUAUUAACUCGAUCAUAUUCUUCCUGCGAAUUAUGAAGAUCUACGUAACCAAUGGUCAACUUGGGCCAAAAAUAUUCAUGAUACAAAGAAUGUUGGACGAGUUGAGGAUGUUUGUAAUGGUGUUGUUUGUGUUCUUAUUGGCAUAUGGGGUGGCAAGCCAGGGUUUACUGUAUGAUAUACGAACACCAUCAUGGGCUAUACUGAAAGAUAUUGUAUAUUUUCCGUACUGGCAGUUGUAUGGUGAAAUAUUUCUAGAAGAGAUAGAUGCAGGGGAUACCUGUGUAGCGGGAUCAGCUGAUUGUAAAACCGGACAUUGGUUGAUCAAAUUUCUACUGGCUGCAUACCUACUGGUCGGAAAUAUCUUACUUCUUAAUUUACUCAUUGCCAUAUUUAGUCAUGUGUUUGACAAGGUUGAAAAAAAUUCCAAUGAGAUUUGGAAAUACCAGAUGUAUUUUCUGGUGAUGGAAUAUGAGAAGAAAACAGCGCUGGUUCCCCCUUUAUCUCUAUUUCAACAUGUGUUCCUUAUAGCAUCCUGGAUUGUCAAAAAGACUUGCCAGAGAAAAGUCAGAACAGGUCAGAAUUUUGGCAGACGACACUUGGAAUACCUUCAGUUAUUUGAGAAAGAGAUGAUGAUGAACUAUUUGCGACAGUUGAAAGCAGAAGAAAUGUCCGGAAUAGAGAUGACAGUCAACAAACUUCAAAAACGAGUUGAUGAGUUAACAAAACUGAUAGAGGAUGAAGUGAUUGCCGAUCAACAACCAAAUAUCAGUUCAUAUGAAACAAUGGGCACUUCAACAAUAAAAAGUAAUUUAGCCAGCUCAAAGAAAGAGGAUAUUUCUAAGCUUGAGCCUGUUGAGGAAGAAGAUGAAGAAACUACCAAAAAGAAGAAAAAGAAACACAAGAAAGAAAAGAAGAGAAAACAAAAAGAGGGAGAAGAAAUAGAUAGAGAAACUAAGGACAAUCAAAACAAGGGAGAUAAUUAUGAGAAAAAGUUAAGCAAUAUCGUUUUGCCACAAAAUAUUCAAGGAGAAGUUGUUGAUAAGCCUGAACCGGCAGAAAAAUUGUUCCAUAAAACUGAGCGCGGUCUUAGACCCGUAUUAUCUAUACAAGAUGAUUCAGGGACAGAUAAUAUGCCCAGUCCGUAUCCGUCACGAAGGGGAACCAGCGGAAGUUUAGAUGUCAAGCCGGUGAUGACACAUAUAUCUAACGUUAGUAUGCAGUGGAGUCCACGGAGAAAUUUGUCCGUGCGAGAUUUGUCGGACGAUGAAAAUGAGGUUAAAUCUCAUAAAGGUUUACGGAAAAGAAUGACUCAAGAAAGAAUGCAGAGGUACAUCUCGUCGGAUAGUGAGAACGACCUGGAAGGAGAAUCUGGCGGGAGAUUUUCAUCAAAGCUGAAAAAACAGAAGAAAAAGAAGAAGAGAUCUCGUCAAGAUAGUGAUACAGAAUAACCCGUGUUCUACUAAAUAUUAUUUAUAGUCUUGUAGUGACUUCAUUACUUACUGUUUUGUUCUCAGUUGAGGGGGCGUCCGUGGCUGAGUGGUUAAGGUCAUUUACUUCAAACCACUUGCCCCUCACCGCUGUGGGUUCAAAUCCCGACAGGGACUUUGGAUUCUUUCAUGUGAGGAAGCUAUCGAGCUAGCUUACGGAAUGUCGGUGGUUCCACUCAGGUGCCCAUUCGUGCCUGAAAUAAUGCACGGAAGGGCACCUGAGGUCUUCCUCCACCAGUAAAGCUGGAACGUCGCCAAAUGACCUAUACUGUGUUGGUGUGACGUAAAACCAAAAAACAAACAAACAAAAGAUAAAAUCAUGUUUUAAGAAAAAAUGAAAUAGUCCUUUUUAUAACAAGUUUUUACACAUUUGGGUGGAAACAAAAGUUAUUUCAGAAUAUAUGAACUAAAUAUUAAGUCAAAGCUUAAUUAUUUAAUUGGUAAGUGUGAAAUAUACAGUAAAGAAGUCAAGUUAAUUUUUAAGUGCUGAUUAAAUUUUAUUUUUUGUAAAAAUUGAGUGAAAGCUACAUUAAUUUGUUGAAAUAAUAUGUGUAAAAUGCAAAGUAAAAGCUGAAUUAUUAAAGUGUUCCAAGUGUUAUAUGAUUGUGAAGAAAACAAUUUUGUUAAUUAUAUUAUUGUAAUUUUUGUACCACAUAUAUCUCAAACAGUGCUUUUUUUUAGCCAUAGAAAAACAUCCAUCUAGAAAUACGUGUGAAUGUUUUGUAAUUUUUACUCAUAUUUUUACUCGGACCUUAAUGCAAAAGAAAUUAUCAUUAUCAACUUAUUAUUUGAAAAAAAAAGUGACAUAUUUUUUUCAUAUGAAAAUGUUUGUUUACAUCAUUUUGAGACGGGGUUACUGCAGGAUACCUUUCACUUGUUGAAAUUUUGGAAAAUGCAUGGGUAGGGGUUUUUAUUGGGGAUUUUAGAGUUACGGAAAGUAAGACAAAAAAUGAAAAAAACUGUUACUAGGUAACAAUAUUUUCAGGUCACAAUGUAUAUGCUGAAAAGGCAAAACAUUCGAAAACCGAAUUUGUUUGAAUUAAAUUAGAACUUUUUUUCUAAUACAUAUUGGAAAAUCAUAACUUUUGGUUUUUGGAAUGCCUUUCUUAUCUAAUGUAAUUGACCAUGAAAAGAGAGCUAGUGUGAGGAUAAUACAGAAAUUAUAACUGUAAUAAUGGCACAUUAUGCCUCAGAAAUUGAUAUUUUUUUCAUUUAUCAAGAAAAGUCAUACAUGAGUUUGAUGAAAUUUAACCAAUGGAUUUAGAGCAUGUAAGAUGUUGUACAUCUAAAGAAAGUAGUGCCGAACGUGAAAUAAUGCGCCAUGAAGAUAGGAAAAUGUAAACGAAAUAGUAUUUUGACUUCCAUACAAAUUACUAAUUCACUAUAAUUAUACUAAUUGCCAACAGAGAAAACGCAAAACAUAGUUAAUAUAUGUGGCAAAUGAGUAUUUGUUUGAAACUGCAACAAGAUACCAAAACAAAAGCAUUUUGAGAAAUGAAAAUGAUAGCAUUUCUGAGGCAUAAUGGGACUUUAAAAAUUGACUAGUGCACAUACUGAGAAAUACCUUCCCAAAAAAAGACCUUAUAUUAUAUAUUUAUAGACUGAAUUAGAUUAGAAAUGAAUAUUGUUGUAUAUGAUAUGUUAUCUGUGAUAUUAUAUACUUAUAUAUAACUGUUUUUAGAGACUUAUUUGUAAUAUUUAUUAUUUAUAUUAUGUAGUGAAAACUAUAUGUUUAUGUUAAAACAUUCCAACCUGAUUUCCUUUUUAAAGGUAAUUGUCUUUCAACAUUAUCUUGUACAUUUUACAUGGUGUUGUUAAAUAUCUGAUAACCAUUGCUCUUUUAAUAUUCAUGAUCUUAUUUCAACAUUUUGUUUUUUAUCAUGUUUUUUAUAUUAUUAUUUAGUUUUUGUUCAAAAUUUCUUGUUACCUUAUAGAUUUAUUACAAUUAUUGAUCAAAUAUUCCUUCAGAUGGCUUCAAAUAAGCCACAGAAGAAUGAUAACAUUUAGUUAUGAAGUUGUGCAGAUUUUUGUUCAAAUUGAAUUAAAUAUUCAACACUUGCAUACAUAAUGCCAUUUAGGUAGCAAAGUCAUUCCAGAUCACACUAGUGCACAAUACAGAUUUUUUGUAGAGUUGUAUUUGUGCAUGUGGGCAUAUGUAUUAGAUACAGCCAAAUAUGUAUGCAGAUAUAUAGUAUUUUCACACUUUUUUUCAUUUUCAAAAUUUUGCUGGAUAAGUUAGAUUAUUUUGAUUAUUUCGAUUUCAUUUAAAACAAAAAACCUGCUGACAAUAAAACAAGUGUAAUACAUUUCAGAACCCAAUAUUUUUAUGUUUUUUUUAAAACCAAUUAAUGAAUAGUGACGUAGGUAUAUUUUACCCAAAAUGCAUCAUAUACUGCUAGAUAGAUAUAUAAUAACUCAGUUUCAGAAUGUAUCUUUAAAGAUUCCUUGUUAUUAGGUUCUUAACUUUUAGCCUGCGGAUGGUGACUCAGAACCUCAAGCCGAUCGGUACAGACCAAGGUCAGUCAGCUCAUCUAUGCCGUCUGAGCAUACAGUCUGCAUUGUUUGCUAUUUAGUCAGUACAUAUUUUGAAAUUUUCUCUAAAAAUGAUGAAUGUUUUUUUUUCCAUUUUGAAAGAUGGAUGGACAGGUCCAUUUAAUAUAUUUAGGUUGGUAAGGGUUAAUAAUAAGGAUUAAUAGGAAGGUUAUCAUGUUACGGGCAGUCUGUAACUAAAGGCACCUUAUAGAUAGUUAGAUUGAUGGCCUCACAUCCAUUAUUGUUUUUUAUACUUCCAGGAACUUAGGAUUCUUUCAUAUGAAGAACUGUCCAGCAAGUAUAUUUAAGAUCACACAUACUACUCAGGUGCCCACUUUUAAAAAAAAAUGCAGACAGAAAAACUGAUCCCUGAUGACUUUAGUGAGAAUGAAGUUGAUUUUUUAACAGUUCAGAUCUAAGUUGUACUGUUAGUUGACUAACAUAUGUCUGACAUUUAACUGACAUAAAAUCAAAAUAGAAAGUUGGAUACAGACUGGCAUUUUAAGGUCAAGGACAGUAACGGGUCUCUGUAUAACCUAUGAUGAUACCUUUUUUCUUAUCAAGGUCAAUAAAAGAUCACUUCGAUGAAUACGAUGAUGUAUUUUUAUUAACAGAAUAAGUUUUUAAAUCAUAAUUAUUGUAGAAUAGUUUAAAGAUUAACUUCAUUUAUAACAAUCACAGAUCAUUUCUCUCUUUGAGAUUCAAUUUUGAAUGACCUUUACUUUAAAAGGUUAAAAAGAGAUUCAAGUAACCAACCAUAUAUCAUCUUAUAUAUACAUGUAUACACCAAUCUGAUAUUAUAUCUCAGACUUGAACUAGAUUUAGAUUGCUCAAAGUUCAAGUUAUUUAUCCGUCCAUGAGUAAAUUUUUACAUAGUUAUCAUGUAACAAUCUUUUUAUUUGAUUUUACUUUUAUAUAUUUGAUAUUUAGAUGCUUUGCAAUUCUGCAGAUGAUUUUUGAUGUAUAUAAUAAAUAUGUUGCAUGUAUGUGCUGGCCACAACUGAUUUGUACGAAACUCAGUAGUUCUCAAAAUUUGAAUAAAUCCCAGUUUAUAUAUGAUAGUCUAAUGGGCAUUUUGAAUUUUGGAGAUGCUAAAAAAGAAUUUUUAUAAAAUCAUAUGUUCAGUUAACAAAUUGUCAAAUAUCUGUAAUUUAUAAAACACUUAAGAUGCCCACUUCAAAGGCACUUCAGGGUGACUGAAAUAAUGCACGGAAGGGCUUUUGAGGUUCCCCCCCCCACAAGUAAAGCUGAAAAGUCCCCAUAUGACCUUGACCUUUUUAGUAAAUGUAUAUAACCUUACACUUAGCUGCCAACUAUAAAAACUUGUAUAAUUUUAACAUUUUAUGUGACAUGCAAGCUAGUUUUCACAGUAACUAAUGUAGUGAAGAACUAUUUUGCAUAUAUAACAUGUUAUAGUUAUAAUUUUGAUACAGUAUACGAGUGCCUAAAACCUUACUUUGUACACAAGCAAAUACAUUUUUUUCUUCAUUUUUAGCUCGACUUUUCUAUGAAAAGGGGAGCUAUCCUACUCGCCCCGGCGUCGGCGUCGGCGUUAGCGUUAGCGUUGGCGUCACACCUUGGUUAAGUUUUUCGUACCACCCCACUUUAUUUCAGAAGUAUUACAAGUAUGGCUUUGAAACUUACCAUACUUGUUCACCAUCAUAACCUCCAUCUACAGACAAGAGUACAUAACUCUGUCAAGGUUUUUGACAGAAUUAUGGCCCUUUUUUGA